UAGAGUGCAUGCAUUGGGAUUGCAGGUGUAUCAAAGUGCCUUGAGUGAUUGUCGUGCCCAUCAUAUUACAUGUAGGCGUGGUUUUUGUCCCUAAACUGCGGAAACAGACUUAUUCCAAAAAGCUGGCAGCAGCAGCAGCAGUAGCAGCAGCAGCACACAGCCUGGACCAGCACUGACAACAGAGCAGCGUAGGCUACAUUAGACGUACUAGUGUCCACACAGCACUGAGGAGAUGGGGGACAAAACGGGUACCAGAGUCUUUAAGAAGUCCAGCCCCAACUGCAAGGUCACAGUUUACCUAGGGAAGCGAGACUUUGUUGAUCACUUAGACCACGUGGAUCCAGUCGAUGGAGUGCUCCUCGUAGAACCAGAGUAUCUGAAAGAUCGAAAAGUGUUUGCGACUCUGACCUGUGCGUUUCGUUACGGCCGGGAGGACCUGGAUGUCCUGGGCCUUUCCUUCCGGAAGGAUCUGUACGUCAGCACGGUCCAGGUCUUCCCUCCUGCGCAGGAGAAAAAGACGCCUCUGAGCCGGCUGCAGGAGAGGCUGCUGAAGAAGCUGGGUCAGCAUGCCUACCCCUUCCACUUCACUAUCCCCCAGAACCUGCCUUGCUCAGUAACCCUCCAGCCAGGCGCAGAGGACACCGGGAAGGCGUGUGGUGUGGACUAUGAGCUUCGAGCGUUCUGUGCUAAGACUGCGGAGGAGAAGAUCCACCAAAGGAACUCUGUGCAACUGGUGAUCCGGAAGGUUCAGUACGCUCCCGAGAAGCCAGGUCCACAGCCGAUGGUGGAGACCAGUCGCAGCUUCCUGAUGUCCGAUAGAGCUCUACACCUAGAGGUCUCGCUGGAUAAGGAGCUGUACUACCAUGGCGAGCCCAUCAGUGUCAACGUCCACGUCACCAACAACUCCACCAAGAGUGUGAAGAGGGUGAAGAUAUCAGUUCGUCAGUAUGCUGACAUCUGUCUGUUUUCCACGGCUCAGUACAAGUGUCCAGUUGCCCAGGUUGAAGCAGAUGAUCAGGUUUCUCCCAGCUCCACCUCCUGCCAGGUCUACACUCUGACCCCUAUGCUGGGAACAAACAGGGAAAAGAGAGGACUGGCCCUGGAUGGGAAGCUAAAGCAUGAAGACACCAACCUGGCCUCCAGCACCAUAGUAAAAGAAGGGACCAACAAGGAGACGAUGGGGAUCCUGGUUUCCUACAGAGUCAAAGUCAAACUGGUGGUGUCUCGUGGAGGGUAGGCGAACACACUCGAGCUCUUCACAGCAAUGGCUUCUGAUAAUGA